AUGCCUCCCAUUGCUACAACCCAUAACAUUGUGGCCCUCGCUGAUCGCGACAGUACCACUAGCUCCUCUGUCAUUCAAAGAGAUUUUACCUCAGCUCUACCGUAUGACAUUGUCAGUACCAUUUUUUCUCAUGUCACAAAGUCGGACUGUCUAAAGUGCAUGAGCGUAUCACGCAAGUGGCUCAGCCAUGUGCCGCAAUACACCAGCGAUCUCUGGCAAGAAGUGACGAUAUCGUCGCUAGAAGCCCUCAAUAAUGAUCUGUUAAUGCGCUGCCUGGGUCCACAUCUCAAGAAAUUGCGUCUACGAAGAUUGAACGAGAGCGAAAUUGGCAUGGUGAUACACGGCCUCGUACAGAAAAGCCGGUGUGAUUCCAUCCGUUCCGUGGGUAAUUAG